CCAAUUACAAAAGUUCAACUAGACUACUCAUCCUCAAAAUCUGAUCACAUGUGUGGGAGAUAUGCACUAGCUCUGCGGCCAGACCAGAUCCGGCAGAGGCUUCGUGCCAACAACAUGCCGGUCUGGGAAGACCCAGAGGAUAAUAUCUACGAGAUUGGCGAUGGUGCUGGCGGUGAAAAUAACAACGACGAGUCCGCGCCCGCACCCACAUCACCACCCAGCCAAGGCCAACCCCGGCAGUCGUACAACUUUGCGCCGGGCUACUAUGGUGUCGUUUACAGGGCUGAUACUCCAGAUUGGGGCGCGGGUCCGAGGAAAGGUGACGACGAUGACAAGGACGGUAGCGACGAGGAGCAAUCAGCAUCGACUGAUGAACCUCAUUACAAGCUCCAGGCCAUGAAGUGGGGCCUGAUUCCUUUUUGGACUAAACGCAACCCAGACUACUCUUCCAUGAUGAAGACAAUCAACUGUCGAGAUGACUCUUUGGCGGCCAAUGGUGGGAUGUGGAACACUAUGAAAGCCCGCAAACGAUGCAUCGUCAUUGCCGAGGGCUUUUACGAAUGGCUGAAAGUUGGGCCAAAAGAACGGGUACCGUACUACAUCAAGCGAAAGGAUGGAGGCUUGUUACUUUUGGCCGGCCUAUGGGACUGCGUCAAAUAUGAGAACGAUGACCGAAAACACUACACAUAUACAAUCAUCACAACAGACUCAAAUCAGUCACUCAAGUUCCUGCACGACAGGAUGCCCGUGAUCUUGGAACCCGCAUCUGCGGAGCUCACCACCUGGUUGAACCCAAAGAGGCAUGAGUGGAAUAAGGAGCUGCAGUCUAUCCUGAAACCCUGGGAUGGCGAGCUAGAGAUAUAUGCUGUCAGCAAAGAUGUCAACAAGGUCGGAAACAACUCAUCAUCCUUCAUUGUGCCAGUGGCGAGCAAGGAAAACAAAAACAAUAUUGCCAACUUCUUCGCCAAUGCUUCUGGCGCAAAGAAGGAUGCUACCAAGGGUGCAGCCGAUGCAAAGGCAGAGAACAAAUCCACAACAACAAAUUCAAAUGAGCAGGAAAGUAAGCAAGGUUUAUCGGUCAAGAACUCCAAGACACCAGUCAAGCGACAAGCUGAUGUUGGUCCUCUGAAUCCGGACGAGGAACCACCGCCGAAAAAGCAAGCCAAGAUACAAUCAUUGUCGCCAACCAAAAAGUCAACGGCGCUGGAGGCUCGGAAGACUAUUAGCGCGACCAGUAACAGUAGCAAGAGGAGUCCUACUAAGGGAAAAGUGGAUUCUGCAGGAACGCAGAAGAUUACCAAGUUUUUCUCGAAGUGAAUCUAUUGGGCUAAAGUUGUAUGAUGGAAAGGUUGAUCUCCCUUUUUUCGAUCCAGGUUGACAUUUUGUCAUGCAUGCUUCACCUGAUAGCCAUUGACUUUUCUUUUACAUGGCCACUACGUACCAGUUGUGGACGUGUGGUUAGACCUGCCUAAUAUUUGCAUAGGCACCUGUGCCAUGGAGAGGUGUCACCCGCUCUUCCCAUUAAUACCAUCGACUAGUUAGGUAGGUACCUUAGGUACCUAAGGUACC